AUGGAUUCAUUGUCUCCAAGUAAUUCACAAGGAGAACACUACAAUUUACGAUGGAACAAUUUUUUUACAAACUUAGCUCAAGUGUUUAGCGAACUACUACAGAGUGAACAAAUGGUUGAUGUAACUCUUAUCUGUGAAGAUAAAAAGAUCAGAGCCCACAAAAUAAUUUUGUCUGCAUGUAGUGGUUUUUUCAUGGACCUCUUUCGAACUGGGAAAGAAAUCCACCCAGUGAUAAUAUUUCAUGAAAUAAAAUAUGCUCAUUUAAAACAUAUUAUUAGUUUCUUAUAUCAAGGAGAAGUGAAGGUACUAGAUACUGAUUUAGAAGGAGUUCUGUCUUUAGGGGAAAAAUUUCAAGUAAAAGGCUUAUCCUCUGUUAAAUUAAAAAAUAAAGUUACACCAUCAACAGAAUUAGACCCUGACGCUGGGUGUACUAAAAAUGAAGAAAUUCAAAGCAAUCUUAGGUAUGAAAUAAGAUCAUUGCCACAAAUAAUUGUACCUAACACUAUAGAAGUGCCAAUAAAAGGAAGACCAAAAUGUGGGAGGAAGAACAGGGCAAGUAAUUCCUUGGCUCGACCUUUAAAGAAAGCAAAGAUUAUUUCAAAUUUAAAUACGUUGAAUGCUUCAAUAAUACAAGAAAGGCAAGAUGAUAUCAAGUCAAAUAAUACAGCAAUUCACCAUCAAAAUGAAAUCAACAAUGAAAAUGAUAAUUCAGUAACAACAUUUACAGUUAAAGUUGAAGAAACCCAUGAUUCAAGUGAUGACAAGACAAACAUUGAUUUACCUAGAGAAAAUAGUCUGAUGAAUAACUCUAAUAAAAAUAAAGAUUGUGAAAACACUUCUCUUUCUAAUGAUUAUUCUAAAACAAAACCAAAUAUUAUUAAAAAGCCAGUUAAUGCUUUUAUUUUAUUUUCUAAAGAUUGGAGGAAAAAACUGGAAGUUGAAUAUCCGAAUGAAGAUUUUAAAAGUAUUUCUGUCCGAUUAGGAGAUCUUUGGAAGUCAUUAACAUCAGAAACAAGAGAAUCUUACUAUGUGAACGCCCGUCAAGAACAGCUAAAUUAUCAGAUCAAGUCCAAAACUGAGACCUUAGUUUAA